AUGGUAAUGGUAACAUAUAUCUUACCUAUAAAUACAAUAUUUUUAAUUUAUUUACAUAUUAUACGAUAUAUUCGUCGAACAACAAACACAAUACAAAUUCGACAAAAUAUAAAUAAACGAGAUAUGAUUGUUUUCAAAAGAAUUAUUAUUUUAUUCGUCUUUCUAGAAAUAUUAUCUAUACCGUCAUUUGUAGUUUGGAUACUCUACAUCAUAACUGGUUAUACAUCAGCAUGGAACUAUACUUUUCUAGCAUUUAUUUCAUCCAUUUCUCAAUUAGUUAUGUCGCUUGUUCUUGCUUCAACGACUUCACAAAUUCGAGAAAAAUUGAAAUGGAGAUCAACCCAAGUACAUCCAAACGUUGAAAUAAGAGUUCAAUAUCACAAUACACAAGUAUCUGAUCAUCAUGAUCCUAAGGAAAAAUUUUAA